CAAGCUCAGCGGAGCCGCCCCAUUUUACUCCAACCACUCUGUCUCUCCCUCUCCCCAACGUAAGCUAGGCUCCAUAAAAAAAAACGUAAGCUAAGGCUCUGCAGUUCCACCACUCGUCCCCUCCCCGAACACCAGCUGCUCGCCGAAAUGCCGACCUCGAGGCUCCUGAGGAUUAUCCCGCUACUCCUGGCGCUUCUGCUCGCCAGCUCGCUGGAGAGCGCGGCUGGAGCAGGCGGCGGCGGCGGCAACGGUACGUGCCCGCUGGACCUGAGCUACGUGCCGACGUUCCCGUGGGACCCCACGCCGUGCGGGGGCGCCGCGCCGAACAUGACAGCCUGCUGCCAGACGCUGCUCUCCGUGCUCGGCAUCGGCCUUGCGGAGCGGCUCCACGCCACGGGCCACUUCCGCCUCCCGUCCGCGGGCGCCUCCGCCGCGUGCCUCGCCGACCUCGCGGCGGGGAUCGCCGCGCCGCCGGCGUCCCUCCCGGGCGCCUCGCUCGUGCAGUCCUGCUUCCCGUCGCCGGACGAGUUCACCGCAUCCCCGUCCUUCUGCGCCGGCGUCACCACCGCCGCGGAGUACAGGGCCGUCGUCGGGAACGGUACCGUCGCCGCCCUGGACGCCGCCUGCGGCCCCGACAUCCCCUCGCUGCCGGUCUGCUACCGCUGCCUCACUGCCGGCAUCGCCGCCACCUCCCCCCUCAUCGCCGCCGCCGCCAACGCCACGGCCCAGUCGCAGCAGAACUGCUUCUACCUCACCGUCAUGUACGCCGCUGGGGUCUCCAGCAUCGCGGGGCCCACCUCCCCCUCCACCGCCAAUUGCAUCCUCGGCCUCGGCCUAUCCUCCCCUGCCUCCCCGCCUCACAAGUCCAAUAACGUGGCCAUCUAUGCUACAACUAUCCCAAUCGCCUUCAUCCUGCUCAUGUCAGCUCUGGCAUUCUUUGUCUGGAGAAAAAGAAGGCAUACGAAGAACAAGAACAGAAACCAGAAGAUCAUUCAGGAGGGGUCGUCAGAUCGGCGCCCCCACUUGCGGCCUAACACCGGGUCGAUACUAUUCAGCAUUGGGGAACUGACCAAGGGGACAGACCACUUUGCGGACCAAAACCUCAUCGGGCGUGGUGGGUUCGGAGUUGUCUACCGCGGCGUGCUCGCGGAUGGCUCUGUUGUUGCCAUCAAGAAGAUGCUCAACCCGGACAUGGAGGGUGGGGACGAGGAAUUCACCAACGAGGUGGAGAUCAUCAGCCAUCUCCGACACAGAAACCUGGUGCCUUUGCGUGGCUGCUGCAUUGUUGAUGACGACAUAGAGGAAGGGAAGCAGAUGUUCCUCGUGUAUGACUUUAUGCCAAAUGGAUCGCUCGAGGAGUUCAUAUUCCGGGACGAGGGAGGCAGCAAGCGGCCAGCAUUGACAUGGGCGCAGCGGAGGACCAUAAUAAUGGAUGUGGCGAAGGGGCUAGAAUAUCUGCAUUAUGGUGUCAAACCGGCGAUCUAUCACAGGGACAUUAAGGCGACCAACAUAUUGCUUGACGCUGAGAUGCGUGCCCGUGUGGCAGAUUUUGGGCUGGCCAGGAGAAGCCGAGAGGGGCAGUCUCACCUCACGACGCGUGUUGCCGGCACACAUGGUUACCUGGCGCCAGAGUAUGCACUCUAUGGACAAUUGACAGAGAAGAGCGACGUGUAUAGCUUCGGCGUUCUCGUGCUUGAGAUAUUAAGUGCAAGGCAUGUGCUCGACAUGACAGCUCCGGCAGGACCAGUACUGAUUACCGACUGGGCAUGGACGCUCAUUAAGGCUGGUCAGGCAAGGGAGGUGCUCGACGAGACCUUGUCGACAGGUGAGAGCCCAAGAGGAGAGGUCAUGGAGAGGUUUAUUCUUGUUGGAAUCCUGUGCGCGCACGUGAUGGUGGCGCUCCGACCAACCAUCACAGAGGCGGUAAAAAUGCUGGAGGGGGACAUGGACAUACCAGAGAUACCGGACCGGCCGCUGCCGUAUGGCCACAGCAUGAUGUUCAGCGAAGCGGGGAGCAACUUCAGCGCUUCGCCGGCUAUCAGUGGCCCACUGAUGGAUAAUGGGGACAUGCUUAGCAACCAUCACCAAGACAAAGACAAACUGUUCACUAUCUGGCAACAAGGACAAGGAGCAACUGAACGGACAUGAAACACCAAGUUCCUCAUUUUUCAGUCCUAAGGCUAGGAGUGACAUGGACAGCAACUGUUCUGGUGAAAGCGAUGUAGCUGAUAACAUUGAUACAACUGGAUCUCAGUAAGUUCAUCCUGGCAGACAUGAAAAUAAAGAUACAUCCAAGAGCGCUCGAGAACAUGCAAACUAGCAUCUUCAGCUUUCAGAGCAGACCCGGAAGGAUUCAACGGCCUACUUGUCUUCCUGCAAGUUGGGGUGGCUGGGCUGCACUCGGAAGGUGAACGGCAUCUGGGGAGCAAAAUCCCUUGCGUGAUGGUACCCAAGCUCCAUCUCCCUCAUGCCAUUGCUCAGCUCAGCAUCCUGCUGGUGCUGGAAACAGGAGUGAAACUUCAGUGAAUUCUCGGCUUUCAGGUUUGUUUUCAGGAAAGCAGAAAGUGCGGCAAAUGUUCACUGAAUUUUGUCUGAGAAUUACAAUUUUAUUGAUUCAAUUAGACUGGGGUAGAGGUGAUUCAUAAUGCAGGUUAUCAGAUGUAGAUCAUAGAAGACAGGCAGGGCUAGAAAACGAAGUCAGGAACUAAUUUGUGUUGAGUUUUUUGGUUGGUGAGUAGAUGACUCUGAUCAGUAAUGCUUUGUGUUUGCUCUGAUCAAUGAUAACUGUAUUAGCACUACUGUACGAAAACCAAGAUCAUGCCUUUAGAGAAUUUGAUUAUUUUAUUAGCUGGUGAA